UGGAAAAUUCUCUGCCCUUCUUUAAGCGGUUGUCAGACGCCACACUGCAAGACAACGUGGACCGAAAGUAACCGAGCCCAAAGCUCAUACUCUACUCCGAUACAAUAGUGACUGGUGCGCGGCGAUAGCACGUUCUCAGCCCAGCUAGCCGGGAGCUUUUACGUGUAUAUAGAUAUUGUUUUACUUCAAUAGCAUUCACAAGAGUAACGUUAGGAGGGUGAAAUCUCGCUCCACGACAAUGACUGCAGAGGAGCAGACGAGUGAAGGACAAAACGCCAUCCCGAUGGAGGGAGAGGACCUCACGCCGAAGAAGGACGGGGGUGUUUUAAAGCUGGUGAAAAGGGAAGGAACGGGCGCAGAGCUGCCUAUGACCGGCGACAAAGUCUUUGUACAUUACGUUGGCACGCUUCUGGAUGGUUCUCCUUUUGACUCCAGCAGAGACCGGGGAGAGAAGUUCUCCUUUGAGUUGGGCAAAGGUCAAGUGAUAAAGGCAUGGGACAUCGGCGUAGCCUCAAUGAAAGUGGGGGAGCUGUGCCAACUCAUCUGUAAGCCUGAGUAUGCUUAUGGAUCUGCUGGUAGUCCCCCCAAAAUACCCCCCAAUGCCACACUAGUUUUUGAGGUGGAACUAUAUGAAUUUCGUGGUGAGGACAUAACUGAGGAGGAGGAUGGUGGUAUCGUCCGUCGCAUGAUCACUAAAGGGCAAGGAUAUUCCAAGCCCAAUGAAGGAGCUUCUGUUGACGUAACUGUCGUGGGUUCCUGCGAGGGACGAGUAUUUGACGAGAGAGAACUGAAGUUUGAGCUGGGCGAUGGAGAGGCCCUGGGCUUUCCGGUCGGUGUUGAGAAGGCCAUCAUGUCUAUGGAGCAGGAAGAGGAGGCCCUCUUCCACAUUAAGCCCAAAUAUGGCUUUGGGAAUGAAGGCAGUGCCAAGUACAACAUUCCUGGCGGAGCAACCCUCCAAUACAAAAUCAAGCUGACUGCUUUUGAGAAGGCAAAGGAAUCGUGGGAGAUGAACACGGUCGAGAAGCUGGAGCAGAGCCACAUUGUCAAAGACAAGGGAACCCAGUAUUUUAAGGAGGGAAAGUACAAGCAGGCGUCCGUGCAGUACAAGAGGAUCGUGUCGUGGCUGGAACAUGAAUCUGGUUUGUCAGAGGAAGACCAAAAGAAGGCAACAGCUUUGCAGUUGGCUGCACACCUGAAUUUGGCGAUGUGCUUCCUUAAACUACAGGAACCAAAUCAAGUCCUAGAAAAUUGUGACAAGGCUCUGGGGUUGCAAGCAUCGAAUGAGAAGGCUUUGUUCCGAAGGGGAGAGGCACUGUUUGGUAUGAAAGAGUUCGACAGAGCGAGGGAUGACUUCCAGCAGGUGGUUGAACUCUAUCCUGCCAACAAGGCUGCCAAGAGCCAGGUGAGCCUUUGUCAGAAACGUAUCAAGGAGCAGCAUGAGAAGGACAAACGCAUCUACGCCAACAUGUUCCAGAAGUUUGCAGAUAGGGAUUCAAAGAAAGAAGCAGAGAAUGUGAAGAGCGAUGGCAAGACCAGCAGCGAUGAAGGGAUGGAAGUUGAGAACGGAGAAAAGGAAGUCGCCAGUGACGCAAAGGCGUAGAUAAAGACACGACUAAACGGUUCAUGUGUGCUUCAGACUUUUGUAACUUCAGCUAUUUGUGUUUCGUGUGUGUGUGUGUGUGUGUGUGUGUGUGUGUGUGUGUGUGUGUGUAUACGAGCGUAUCAACAAGUGCACUGGCUUAAGGAGCGUCCUCGGUGGCCUUUUGUGUCCCCGGGUUCUAUUGCUUCGGUGGGUGAGGCUUCUCCAGACGAUGGCAGCAUUCAAGGUGGUUUUAAUAAAUGAAUAGUGUGCCACGACGUCCCCACCCCUGAUCCCUCUCAACCCUACAGCUUUGAACUGUGCAUGCGUUUUCGGUAGGAUAAAAAGUGCACCCAAGUGUAAAUGCAGAAUUUCACCCGUUAAGGGCUAGAUCAUUCAUCUCGCUCUACCCCGUCCUCUGUCCUUCAUGUUUAAUGCCAUCCAUCGAACACUCCUCACGGGCCUACUGAUCAAUUUCUGGAGUUGUGAUGGUUGUGUGCACAGGUUUUGCGUCUGAAUGUGAGAGUGACUGAGUCCUAAAGUACGUAUGUAGCAGCACUGUGGAUAGGUGGAGUAAUACGAAGUUAGCCUGGAAUAGCUGUUGAACUUUGAACUUCCCUCUCAAUCUAAAAAUGGCGCUCCUCCGUAGCCUCCGGGUUCCGUGACUGUUUACCUUUCACCUUGGAAAUAUUGACUUUGUACUUUUUCUUGUUUGUUUUUUUCCCCUGGUGUUGUGCUUCUGACGUUCAAAAAAUGAUCAACAAUGACUUAACUGGAAUAUGUGGAUUUUAAAGCAGCUACAAAUGGAAUGAAUUAGCCUGUCCUGGACACACUUAAGUAAUAAAACGGUUGGUCUUAAUUUACUGUCAAAAAAAAGUUCAUGAAUGCUGUGUGCUUGUACAGCCAAUUGAAAUCAAGCUGUUGAAGACGGUAUGCCAGAAUAAGAAUAUAUGAGCUGUGUGUGGCCCCGUAGAGCACACGAAGAAGCUUCAUUAAGGGGCUAAUUUAAAACUGGUCUGUGGGUAUUGUGUGUUGAGCUUCUUAGUCUUUUGAAAGGUUUGAAAGAUAAUAAAUACCGUACAAUUUGA